AUGCCGGGCAGCGGCCCAGGGCUCGGCGCGUUCCAUUCCCAUCGCGUCAAGGGGUGGGGGGCACAUCAGAAACCCCUUCACUCCUUCCAGAAGCGGGACGCAGACCGGUCGUACUGCCGGUGCCCGAUUAGGUGCCACGGCUCCACAAGUGUACACCCGGGGGAGGCGGGAGAUGGCGGCGGGACGCCGCGGGGAGGAGGGAUGGAGGGCGGAGUUGGUAGGUUCCGGAGGGGGCAGGCGAGCGCCGAGCGCUGCAGCUGUCAGUUAGCCGCGGCGGGGCAAGCCGAGGGAGUCCGCUUCCUCAGGCUGCCGGGCCAGCCGCUGCCGAGACCCACUGGCCCCGGGACUCCCCGCCCCGGGCCUCACUGCGGCUCAGGGCGCGCUCCGGCGUGCGGCAGGUGCAGGGCGGAGGCGAUCGCGCCACCACCCCUCCGCCCGGCGGCGAUGCCGGCGGUGCAGAAAACGGUGUCCGAGAUCCGAUCCCGCGCAGAGGGCUAUGAGAAGACAGAUGAUGUUUCAGAGAAAACUUCUCUAGCUGACCAAGAGGAACUGAGAACUAUAUUCAUCAAUCAGCCCCAGCUGACCAAAUUCUGCAAUAACCAUGUCAGCACUGCAAAGUACAACAUAAUCACAUUCCUGCCAAGGUUCCUUUAUUCCCAGUUCAGAAGAGCUGCUAAUGCAUUUUUUCUUUUUAUUGCAUUACUUCAGCAAAUACCAGAUGUAUCACCAACAGGCCGUUACACAACGUUGGUCCCUCUCUUAUUUAUUUUAGCUGUAGCUGCAGUGAAGGAGAUAAUAGAGGAUAUUAAAAGGCAUAAAGCUGAUAAUGCCGUGAACAAGAAGCAAACUCAAGUACUACGAAAUGGUGCAUGGGAGAUUGUCCACUGGGAAAAGGUAGAUGUUGGAGAUAUAGUUAUAAUAAAAGGCAAAGAGUAUAUACCUGCUGACACUGUACUGCUCUCAUCAAGUGAACCACAAGCUAUGUGCUACAUCGAAACUUCUAACUUAGAUGGUGAGACAAACUUAAAAAUUCGACAGGGUUUGCCACUAACAUCAGACAUAAAGGACAUAGAAAGCUUGAUGAGACUUUCAGGCAGAAUUGAAUGUGAGAGCCCAAACCGACAUCUCUAUGACUUUGUUGGAAAUAUCAGACUGGAUGGGCAUGGUACUGUUCCACUGGGAUCUGAUCAGAUUCUUCUACGAGGAGCUCAGUUGAGAAACACUCAGUGGGUUCAUGGGAUAGUUGUCUAUACAGGACAUGACACAAAGCUUAUGCAGAAUUCAACGAGUCCACCUCUUAAAAUGUCGAAUGUGGAACGGAUUACAAAUAUUCAGAUUCUGAUUCUCUUCUGCAUCCUUAUUGGCAUGUCUUUGGUCUGCUCUAUUGGUUCAGCUAUAUGGAAUCGAAGGCACACUGGAAGAGACUGGUAUCUUGAUCUGAAUUAUGGAGGAGCAAGCAACUUUGGAUUGAAUUUCUUGACUUUUAUCAUUCUCUUCAAUAAUCUGAUUCCAAUCAGUUUGUUGGUUACACUUGAAGUUGUUAAAUUUAUCCAGGCAUAUUUCAUCAAUUGGGACAUAGACAUGCACUAUGAACCAACAGACACUGCUGCGAUGGCUCGUACUUCCAAUCUCAAUGAAGAACUUGGACAGGUCAAGUACAUAUUUUCUGACAAAACUGGUACCCUGACAUGCAAUGUCAUGCAAUUUAAGAAGUGCACUGUGGCAGGAGUUGCUUAUGGGCAGGGCUCACAAAAUGGAGAAGAAAAAACAUUUAGUGACUCUUCAUUACUGGAGAAUCUGCAAAGCAAUCAUCCAACUGCACCUAUAAUAUGUGAGUUUUUGACAAUGAUGGCAGUGUGCCAUACAGCAGUUCCAGAGAGAGAAGGUGAUAAAAUUAUAUAUCAAGCAGCAUCUCCAGAUGAAGGAGCGUUGGUCAGAGCAGCCAGGCACCUUCGUUUUGUAUUCACUGGGAGGACACCUGACUCAGUAAUCAUAGAGACUUUGGGACAGGAAGAGAGAUAUGAACUACUAAAUGUCCUGGAAUUUACAAGCACUAGGAAGAGAAUGUCAGUGAUAGUUCGCACACCAUCAGGAAAGUUAAGACUCUACUGCAAAGGAGCUGAUACUGUAAUUUACGACCGUCUUGCUGAAACUUCAAAAUACAAAGAAAUCACCUUAAAACAUCUCGAGCAGUUUGCUACAGAAGGCUUGAGAACUCUGUGUUUUGCUGUGGCUGAGAUUUCAGAAAGUGAUUAUCAGGAGUGGCUAAAUGUCUACCACCGUGCUUCUACAGCUAUACAAAACAGAGCGCUCAAACUUGAGGAGAGCUAUGAGUUAAUUGAAAAAAAUCUUCAGCUGCUUGGAGCAACAGCAAUUGAAGAUAAACUACAAGACAAAGUGCCUGAAACCAUAGAGACACUCAUGAAAGCAGACAUCAAAAUUUGGAUACUUACUGGGGACAAACAAGAGACUGCCAUUAACAUUGGUCACUCCUGUAAACUUCUGAGAAAGAACAUGGGACUAAUUGUUAUAAAUGAAGGCUCUCUUGAUGGAACAAGAGAGACACUUAGCCAUCAUUGCAGUACUCUUGGUGAUGCUUUGAGGAAAGAAAAUGAUUUUGCUCUCAUCAUUGAUGGCAAAUCUCUGAAGUAUGCUUUGACAUUUGGAGUGAGACAAUAUUUCCUGGAUUUGGCUUUGUCAUGUAAAGCUGUUAUUUGUUGCAGGGUAUCACCUCUUCAAAAAUCUGAAGUUGUAGAAAUGGUUAAAAAACAAGUGAAGGUGGUAACUCUAGCCAUUGGUGAUGGAGCAAAUGAUGUUAGUAUGAUACAAACAGCACAUGUUGGUGUGGGUAUCAGUGGGAAUGAAGGUCUGCAGGCUGCAAAUUCUUCAGACUACUCAAUUGCUCAGUUCAAGUAUUUGAAGAACUUGCUGUUGGUUCAUGGAGCCUGGAAUUAUAACAGAGUGGCUAAGUGCAUCUUGUAUUGUUUCUACAAGAAUAUAGUCCUUUAUAUUAUUGAGAUCUGGUUUGCUUUUGUCAAUGGCUUUUCUGGACAAAUUCUUUUUGAAAGAUGGUGUAUAGGUCUCUACAACGUGAUGUUUACAGCAAUGCCUCCACUAACUCUUGGAAUAUUUGAGAGAUCCUGUCGCAAGGAAAACAUGCUGAAAUAUCCAGAGUUAUACAAGACUUCACAGAAUGCACUGGACUUUAAUACCAAGGUUUUCUGGGUUCAUUGUUUAAAUGGCCUCUUCCACUCAUUCAUUCUGUUUUGGUUUCCACUAAAAGCCCUCCAGCAUGGUACUGUAUUUGGCAAUGGCAAAACUUCAGAUUACCUGCUCCUGGGGAACACUGUGUACACAUUUGUGGUUCUAACUGUGUGUUUGAAGGCUGGAUUAGAGACUUCAUACUGGACUUUGUUCAGCCAUAUAGCAAUCUGGGGCAGCAUAGCACUUUGGAUAGUGUUUUUUGGAAUCUACUCUUCUUUGUGGCCAGUCAUUCCUAUGGCACCUGAUAUGUCAGGAGAGGCAGCUAUGAUGUUCAGCUCUGGAGUGUUUUGGAUGGGACUUCUAUGUAUUCCUAUGACAGCUUUACUUCUUGAUGUAGUAUACAAAGUAGUGAAGAGAGCUACUUUUAAGACACUGGUAGAUGAAGUUCAGGAGUUGGAAGCAAAGUCUGAGGAUCCUGGGGCAGUUGUGCAUGGCAAGAGCUUAAGUGAAAGAGCCCAGCUGCUGAAGAAUGUUUUUAAGAAGAACCACGUGAAUUUGUAUCGCUCCGACUCGCUGCAGCAAAACUUACUUCAUGGCUACGCCUUCUCUCAAGAUGAAAACGGAAUCGUUUCCCAGUCUGAAGUAAUAAGAGCUUAUGACACCACAAAACAAAGGCCUGAGGAAUGGUGAAAGAACACAA